UAAUUAGUAAACUGCUGUUCUCUCACAGGUGAAAGUCAUGAUCACGCUAACAGAACUCAAAUGCUUAGCAGAUGCCCAGUCAUCCUACCACAUACUAAAACCAUGGUGGGAUGUCUUCUGGUAUUACCUCACCAUGAUAAUGCUGCUAGUUGCUGUGCUUGCUGGGGCUCUCCAGCUUACUCAAACCAGAGUAUUGUGUUGUCUUCCUUGCAAGCUAGAAUUUGACAAUCAUUGUGCUGUGCCUUGGGAUUUAGUCAAAGCCAACCUUAACAUGUCAGCUAGCUCGACAGCACCGAUAAUCAUCCCGCUUAAAAUCCAGAAUUAUCUCCAUCGGCAGCAGUAUUCCUACAUCGAUGCAGUGUGUUAUGAGCGACAGCUUCACUGGUUUGCCAAAUUUUUUCCAUACCUAGUGCUUUUGCAUACCUUCAUUUUUGCAGCUUGCAGUAAUUUCUGGCUUUACUAUCCCAGUACAAGUUCCAGGCUUGAGCACUUUGUAGCCGUUCUUCAGAAGUGUUUCGACUCUCCCUGGACAACACGUGCCCUCUCAGAAACAGUUGCUGAGCAGUCUGCCAGGAAGUUGCCAACAGCCAAAUCAAAACCAGCAAUUUCAUCACCUCAGUGUUCAGGAGACAUAGGGGCCAGCAGACAGUCCCUGCCAUAUUCACAACAUGGCUUAGAAACAACUGGAAGAGAAAAUUCCAGUGUUCUUGACAAAAAAGAAGGGGAACAAGCUAAAGCUAUAUUUGAAAAAGUGAAGAAAUUCAGAGUACACGCCGAAGAAAAGGAUGUCGUAUACACAGUGUAUAUGAAACAGAUUAUAGUGAAAGUCUUUGUAGUUGUCAUAAUAGUAACUUAUGUCCCCUACUAUUUAUCAUUUAUUACACUUGAAAUUGAUUGUGUAGUUAAUGUUCAAGCCUUUACAGGCUACAAAAGGUACCAGUGUGUUUAUUCGCUAGCAGAAAUUUUUAAAGUUUUGGCUUCAUUUUAUGUUGUUUUGGUGAUCUUCUAUGGAUUAACUUGUACUUACAGUUUGUGGUGGAUGUUAAGAAGUUCACUUAAGCAAUACUCUUUUGAGAAGUUGAGAGAGAAAAGUAAUUACACUGAUAUACCUGAUGUAAAGAAUGACUUUGCAUUUAUUCUUCACUUGGCAGAUCAGUAUGAUCCUCUUUAUUCCCAACGAUUCUCAAUAUUCCUGUCUGAUUUGAGUGAAAAUGAGCUCAAACAGAUAAAUCUUAACAAUGAAUGGUCAGUGGAAAAACUGAAAAAUAAACUAGUAAGAAACUCCCAAGACAAGACUGAACUUCACCUUUUCAUGUUAAAUGGUCUUCCAGACAGUGUCUUUGAACUGACAGAAAUAGAAGUUCUAAGCCUGGAACUUAUUCCUGAAGCCAAACUUUCUUCAGCUGUGACCCAGCUUGUCAAUCUCAAAGAACUCAAUGUUUAUCAUUCAUCACUAACAAUGGAUUAUCCAGCAGUCAACUUCUUAGAAGAAAAUCUGAAAACCUUGCGUUUGAAGUCUAGUGAGAUGGGAAGAAUUCCAUUUUGGGUCUUUCAUCUAAAAAAUCUACAAGAAUUGUGUUUAACAGGAUAUUUCAUGCUAGAUCAUCACAACUCCAUAUACAAUGAUGGCUUUCAGGGGCUAAAAAAUCUGAGAUCAAUUCACUUAAAAAACAACCUUUCCCGUUUACCUCAAGUGAUCACAGAUCUUCUGCCUUCUUUACAACAUUUGUCUAUCAACAAUGAGGGAAAUAAACUGAUAGUGCUAAAUAACCUGAAGAAGCUGGUAAACCUGAGAACCCUGGAACUAAUCUGCUGUGAUUUAGAGCGCAUUCCCCAUUCCAUUUUUACCCUAAACAAUUUGCAUGAAAUUGACUUAAAAGAAAAUAAUCUCAGAACAGUGGAAGAAAUAAUUAGUUUCCAACAUCUUAAGAAUCUUUCUUGCUUAAAAUUGUGGCACAACAGUAUUUCGUAUGUCCCAGUGCAGAUUGGUGCAUUAUCAAACCUGGAACAAUUGUAUCUAAAUUAUAAUAACAUUAAGAAUGUUCCAUUGCAGCUAUUUCUUUGCAGAAAGUUACACUAUUUGGAUCUUAGCUAUAAUAAGCUAACCUCCAUCCCUGAAGAAAUCGGUUAUCUGACCAACCUGCAGUACUUGGCUUUGACAAAAAACCAUAUUGAAAUGCUGCCUGAUGGAUUAUUUCAGUGCAAAAAGCUGCAGUUUCUUCUUCUGGGAAAUAACAGUCUGAUGAAUUUGUCCCCUUUUGUGGGUCAGCUAUUGAAUCUUGUUCACUUAGAGCUCAUUGGGAACUAUCUUGAAUCACUUCCUGCUGAACUGGAAGAAUGUCAGCUCUUAAAGAGAAAUAAUCUAAUUGUAGAAGAAAGGUUGUUAAAAACACUUCCACCUCGUGUCAGAGAGCGUUUGCAGGCAUGCCCAGAUAAGUCCUAAGUUUAAAAUGAAACUCUGCAUUGUUGCAUUCUACAGGUCUUGCUUAAUAUCUCUCUAAAGAUCUGUAUGGAUAGAGAGGAGUGAAGGAGAGAGAGCAAUUUACAAAUCAGUCUUAAACUUAAAUGCAUUGAACUAAGUUGAUUGUAUUGUUGAUUGGAAAAGAAACAUUUAUUCAGAUUCAAACAAAAGAUGCAGCCUUUUACAAGCAAACAUGUUUGAAUUUUGGAACGUGAAUUGUUGGUUAGUUUCUACUGAUUGAAAUAAUUCAGCUAAAUGUUGAUGGUAGUAUUGAAAAAGAAGAGAUGAUUGCCUGGCUAUAGUGAGAGUGUAUAUACUUUUUUACUCUGAGAAUUUUUUCUGUUGAUAGCAAUGAUUUAAAAUAGUUUUAUUCCUGCCAUAUGAGGUCUAAGAACUGUCUUGAAUUAGUUUCUAAAUAUGAACUCUUCUCUAACUUAGGAUGUAUUAAAUUAAGAGUUUAAACUAUUUGAGCAGUUUAAUUGCAUGGAGUAUAUGGAAAGUAAUUUUUCAACAUAACUUAAUUUUUAAAAGCUUUUGACAAGUACUAAGCAUUAAUUCUAUAAUUGCGGGAGAUGCCAUUUGAAUCUUGCUAUUAAAUACCUAGAACUGGUUUCAGCAUUUUGUCUUAAAAAUAGUAAAUACAAAAUUAAACGUUGCCUAGAAAUUGGGAGGAAUCAGAAGAAUCUGAAGUAACUGUUGUGCGCAUGUCCUAGAGAACCAAUCUUACAUUACUGAUCUGCAGAAACAAUGAUGGCAAACAGAAUAGUUGCAAAGUUGUCUUCUGUAUGUUGUGAGCAUCCCAGGUGUUAGUGUAGUGUAUGUUGCUGAUUAAUAUUUUUAUAACUUCUCAUUACUGACUGCCUCAGUGCAGCUUCUCCACACCCAGCUGUUGGGGAGAGGGUGAAUGAGGUCUGAGGUUUGUAUUAGAUAGGGACAGAAAGAGACAAAUAAAACAAACUAAAUAAUCACAUAACUUACAAGCAUUUGGGAGGAAAAGACAGGAAGCAUUAUAAGCUUUGCCUCUUCUAGGGAUGUAAUAAUUUCAUAAAUCAGAGUGGUGGGAAAAACUCUUAUGCCAUCCUUAAUACUUGCAAAACUGGAUGGAAAUAAAAUGUUUCCUGACUUCA